UUACGGAUAUUCUCUGAUUAGUUCAGAGUUGUAUGAUCCAUCGACAGGCACUUGGACCAUCAGUGACAGUAUGAAUAACUUACGGCAUCUACACGCAGCAUCAAUAUUAACGAAUGGAAAAGUCUUGGUUGUUGGUGGAAUUAGUACGGAUUGUCUAAAUAGUACUGAGUUGUACGAUUCAUCAACCGGAACAUGGUCAAGCACUGAUAGUAUGAAUAAUAUUCGAUAUUCCCACACAGCAUCCAUUUUAACAAAUGGUAGUGUCUUAGUUGCUGGUGGUGUCGGCAACAAUCGCUAUUCUCUUAAUAGUACCGAGUUGUAUGAUCCACCAACAGGAACUUGGACUAACACUGGUAGUAUGAAUUUUGCUCGAUCUUAUCACACAGCAUCCGUUUUAACAGAUGGAAAAGUUUUAGUUACUGGU